CUCCCUCCUCUUCUCUCCUCCUCCCGCCGCGGUGCAGCCGCCGGUGCUGGGCGAGGUCGGAGAAAGUCCAUGUGAGGAGGGAGCCAGCGGAAAUCACUUCCUGCUGCCGCCGCCGCCGCCGCAGCGGCCGGGACCGACCAGCCGGGGAGUGAAGGGGAUACGGAGGAAGGAAGGGACCAGGCUAGGGGUGGGGGGACGCGGCUGCCACUGCAGGCCACGGUGAAGCCCCUGGCCCCGGAGUCCCCGAGCUGGCGUUCGGGGUGCGUAAAGCUGCCUUCAGAUGUGCCCUUCUUUGGAACCAGCUGUGGUGAAUGUCUAAGGUGUCCUGGCUCCUUGCCCAGUCAUGUCCCAGAUGUUGCACAUAGAGAUCCCCAAUUUUGGGAACACUGUCCUGGGUUGCCUGAAUGAACAGCGUCUGCUGGGGCUCUACUGUGAUGUCUCCAUAGUCGUCAAGGGGCAAGCCUUCAAGGCUCACCGUGCAGUCCUGGCGGCCAGCAGCCUAUACUUCCGGGACUUGUUCAGUGGGAACAGCAAGAGCGCCUUUGAGCUGCCGGGCACAGUGCCCCCUGCCUGCUUCCAGCAGAUCCUCUCCUUCUGCUACACCGGGAAGCUCAGGAUGGCGGCGAGCGAGCAGCUCGUGGUGAUGUACACGGCCGGCUUCCUGCAGAUCCAGCACAUUGUGGAGCGGGGCACAGACUUGAUGUUCAAGGUGAGCUCGCCCCACUGUGACUCGCAGACCGCCAUGAUCGAGGACACCAGCUCGGAGCCCCAGAGCCCCUGCAACCAGCUGCAGCCAGGCCCUGCACCCUAUGUCAUGUCCCCCUCUGUGCCCAUCCCGCUUCUCACCCGUGUGAAGCAUGAGAACCUGGAGCUCCAGCCGGCAGCAGGCCCAGGCCUGGCCGCCAAGCGGCCCCUGGAAUCGGGGGCCCGGGAUGGCUCGGGGGGCGGCGGGGCGGCAGUGGGCGGGGCGGCACCUCUGAAGCUGUCUCGAGUCUCGUACUAUGGGAUGCCCAGCCUGGCCACUCUCAUCCCCAACAUCCAGCAGGUACAGUACUCCCAGGGUGAGAGGACCAGCCCCGGGGCCAGCAGCCUCCCCACCACGGACAGCCCCACCUCCUACCACAACGAAGAGGAUGAGGAGGACGACGAGGCCUAUGACACAAUGGUAGAGGAGCAGUACGGCCAGAUGUAUAUCAAGUCCACAGGCAGCUACUCAGUGCAAGAGAAACCAGAGCAGAUUCCUCUGGAGAGCCGCUCUUGUGUCCUGAUCCGAAGAGACCUGGUAGCCCUUCCUGCAAGUCUCAUCAGCCAAAUCGGGUACCGCUGCCACCCUAAACUCUACUCAGAGGGUGACCCUGGCGAGAAGCUGGAGCUUGUUGCAGGGUCUGGAGUCUAUAUCACACGGGGUCAGCUGAUGAACUGUCACCUAUGUGCCGGUGUGAAGCACAAAGUCUUACUGAGACGGCUUCUUGCUACUUUCUUUGAUCGGAAUACACUAGCCAACAGUUGUGGGACUGGAAUCCGCUCUUCCACUAGCGAUCCCAGCCGGAAACCUUUAGACAGCAGAGUCCUUAAUGCCGUGAAAUUAUAUUGUCAGAAUUUUGCCCCAAGCUUUAAGGAGAGUGAGAUGAAUGUCAUAGCUGCAGAUAUGUGCACCAAUGCUCGUCGAGUUCGCAAACGCUGGCUACCCAAGAUCAAGUCCAUGCUUCCUGAGGGGAUGGAGAUGUACCGAACCGUUAUGGGCUCCGCCACAGCCAGCGUCCCCCUUGAGCCUGAGUUCCAGGCCACCACAGCCCAAGUAUUUGAGCAGAGAAUCUACGCAGAGCGGCGGAAUGAUGCCGCCACCAUCGUGGCUCUGAGAACUAACACGGUCAACGUAGACCUGAGCAGUGCUUCCAACCCGCCGUUUGAGCCAAGUGAAGAGGCAGAUGGGGCUGGUUCGGUCAUUCAGGAGGUGGCUGGGCCAGAGCCCCUACCCUCGGAUAGCCAAAGCACUCCCCAAUCUUUUGAACAAGGUCCUGCAAGCACCAGCAGGCCGGAGACACCGGUGAGAAGACAAGAUGGUACUUAUGGAGGGACUUUGUAAAGAUACUUAAAGAAAAGAAAAAAAAUUGUGACUUAUAAGGGAUCUAAAUACUAAAGCUGCUUGCAUGCAUACUAAUACAAAAAAAAAUGUGAUCAAGCCACUUACCUACUGAACUGCUACUGUUGCCUGAAAAAAAUGUGAUUUUUAUUCUGCUUGUAUUUAAAAUUUAUGAAGGAAAUAAUCGCAUUCGUUAUACUGUAAAUGAUUAGGUCAGUGACGGCCUAUUUAAAAGAGAGUUCCUGGGCUCUAUUUUUUUUUUUUUUGAUACUCCUGAGAUUAGACUCUAAACUUGUAGCUUCCCCCGCUCCUUACAAGGGGAUGGGGUGAAGGAGGACUGAGACAUCCCCUCCCAUGCUUCCUGCACCCAGGUCCUUUCCAACCCUUUCUUCCCAGCACAGAACUAAAGCCAUUGUUACUUCCUCCAUGCUCUAUAGAAGGUUGUGCCAUCACUCAGGAGGAGAAAGUUUUUGGAUGGUCGGAGAAUGUCUGGCAGUUCAAGGACCCACAGGACUUGGCAGGUGGUCGACUGGAGGUGCUUCAAUUAACACUCCAUUCCUAAACUUGUAGUGGUCCUCACUUUUGAGGGUCUCUGAGUGGGUACAUUGGGGGUAUGGAGGUUUGGGGUGGGCAGGCUGAAGUGGGGCAGAGAGCUUUCCCCAGGAAGCCUCCCAAAACUCUGUCCCCUUUUGUCCCCCCACUCCCACUCCCUAACUGAGACUCUCCUUCAGUGUCAGGAUAACCAUGGUUCCAUAUUUGUGUUUGUCACACACGUACUUUGGGGGUCCGAGCAUCAGGAUAUGGGGAAGGUGGGGGGAAUUAUUGGUAUGGGGGUGUUAGGACAUGUCGGUUGGCACUGAUUGGUAUAUGUGAAUGUGUGCAGACACCCCACUGUCUUUACUCUUCCCCUCUCUUCCCUUCCCAUCAGAUCCCUAUUUCUCUUCCUAUUGAAUGAGGUACCAUUCAUUAUAACCCUCAGUGAGUUAAUUCUCUGAAUUGGCUUUAACUCCUUCCCCCAUCCCAAGCUAUGCAUUCUUUAUCUCUUCCUCAUCCCUCAUGUGAAACCCCAUUUUCAUGAAUCUGAGGGACCACUUGCCUAGUGGUGGUCACCCUGGAGGAGUUGGGGGCAGCCGUGAUGAGUCUGCUGGGUAGUAGAGGUAUGGUCACAGGCUUGACCCUUAGGGUUCACUUUGAGCUCCCAUGAUUUCUUCAAGAGUGAGUUUAAUGUCAGGGGACCCCAGAGAACCUUCUUCUCCUGCCUAUUAAUUAAUAGCAGGGGUGAAAGGGAUUGCCCAUCUUGGCUUUCCUUUUCUUGUGGAAUUGAUUUGUGACGGUCCUGAAACCUUUUGAAUUCUAUAGGACCUUAUGUUCUUUGAUAGAAAGAAAAACUUCAUUUCCCAAUUUCUUUUGUCUUCCUUUCCCUUCACCCCAAAUAGACCAAAUUUUUGGGAAUGAGGCAUGGACUUGUCCACUUUUUUUCCCCCUGAAACAUGAUUGCUGUCCCCUUUAGGAGAAGCAACAACUUGGCUUUGACAGGUAGAGAACUUUUUCCAAAGUAUCAGUUGUUGGUGAAAGCCAGACCACAUGACUUUCUAUCACCUCGGCUGCAGGAGGAAGAGGCCAGAUUUGGAGGAAGAGGGUUGGGGGAAGUCAGGUGUGGGUGAGUGAAAAUGUGACUGCCAUUUUCCUUGUCUCCCUUUCCAUUUGGAAAGGGUUUUCCAUUGCUGGCAAUCCCACUAUAGGGCAGUUGACUUGCCCCUACUGGGAGAGCUUGGCCAGGAAACAAGGUGAUCCUUUGCCUGUGUAGACCCCUCUAGGUAAAUAAAGGGGGAUAUGGAAUGUGUGUAGGUGCUUGUGCAAGUAGUGACAGUGAAUUGGGGCUUAUGCUCAGUGGAGAGAUCCAUGAGUCCUGGUGAGUAGAGGAUAACAAAGUCCCCACCCCCAAGACUUCUUGGUGCUGCUUUGUGACCUCUUCCCACCACCACCACCAUGGACAGCGAAUCCUGACUGAAUCCCUUGCUCAGUAUGUGCCAAUAUUUCCUCUCCAUCAUAAUCUUUGGUCCCUUGUUAGGUGUAGGUUUAUGUCCAACUGUGUGGGAUUCAGAAAUGAAGAAAGGGACAUGAGCAGAAGUUGGAUUGGUCACUGUCUACCUGUGUUUUAGCCAAUGUGGUGUGCGGAGUCCGUGGUUUUUGUAAAGAAGAAAUACUGGUGCUUAAUACUGUAGCAUUGGGGAUGCUUUUAGAAUUUAAGGUGGGGGUGGGGAUUGGCAGAAUGUUGUGAAAGGCCAAUGUCAGAGGUUGUUGGUUUUGUUUUUACUUUUCUGAACUUGAAAUAUGCUCACUUUUCAAUUUAAUUUUUUUUAAAGCAAAGAAAAAAAACCCAACCAGUGCAAAACAGACACAUUCACUGGUCAGAAUGAGUUCUUCCUUUGUGUUUGUGGGUCACAGCAUUUGGGGUUUUUUGGAGGGGGGGCAGAUUCUCCUUCUCACCCCAGUGAAAGGGGGUUCUAGAGGGCAGCUCUCCAUCUUGGGUCACUGUUUAUUUAGCCAGAUACUUGAAAUAUUUGUAUCUUUUAUAGAAAUGCUUGCUUCCUUCCUGCCUGUACCCAAACUGCCUUCCCUAUUUGAUACCCCUUGGUAUUUAAACAACCCCCUCCCUCUCCCCCAUGGGUUUGGGCCAUUAAGCAUUUCCAUUUCCAGAGUCUCUGCAGUGGACUCUGUCAGGUUCCCUUUUUUUGGGGGGGGGGGGGAUGUGAUAAAUGACACAUUGGCCAUUAGGGACCUUUGUUAUAAACCUUCCCCCCAGGUCAGCUUCUCUGCUAUUCCCACUGAAUCUGAAGUCUCCUUUGUAGAUUCUACCAUUCCACCAAAAAUGAACCAAGGUUAGUACCCCCCAAAAGAGAGGGCCUUUUCAGCUCAAGAAGUCACUUUAUCUUAUCAUUGCCAUGCUAGCAUAUGAUGGCUUUUUCAAAAAUAGGAUUUCUGUUUUCCUUUGAAGCCCUUUUCUCAUUAUUUCCACCCCAUUCUGUGCAUGGCAGGGUCUUAAGACCAGUUUAAAUUACUCUCCAUAAAGCCAGCAUCUUUAACUUUGCCACAUGCACUGUCUGAAGUCUCCUAUGCCCUGCCCUCACUUGACUAUCCAGAAAGUCUGGAUCUUGAUUUCUUCUCUCCUAUCAUGAAUGGGACUAUAGUCAUAUGGGGUAUAUAUAAGGGAUAGCAGAACCUUCCCCUUCAGUUCUAAUGCCCCAGCUGUGUGGUGUGUACAUGAAAGCUGUGAGCUCUUCAGCUCUUUGCUUACUCACAAUAGAUUUCAGCUCAUGUUCUUAUCAUUAUACCUACCUGCCCUAUCAGGAGCUCAGGCCAUCAUUCUUCUUUCAUGUAUCAGCCUUUGAGUAUAAGAAUUAUUUGAAAGAGUCCAAGAGGACUCUCCCAAGCAUGGGCAAAGUGUGACUUAGCUAUGAUUUAGUCUUGAAUUGGCUGGGAAAGCAAAAUCCCCCGUUGUUGCACACUUGUAAGGAAUAUAUGGUUUUUGUGGCCAGAUUUUUUGAGGCUAUUGAAGGGGUUCUGAGACUUGAGGGUUGAGAGAGUCAAGGGUCUUAGGAAAUGUGAAGUAUGUAAUGUUGGAUGGACGUCUCAGCCUAAACAAAGGUAAAAUAAAAGUUUCAGUCCUUCUGGGUUGGACUGGCGUGUAUUUUGAGACCAGAAGAAAUGAGUUACCAUAGCUUCUCUGCCUCUAGGGUGGGAGUCUAAGGAGCAUCUCCAGUCUGCAGUGGUCCCUUGUGUAUUAAAGCUAACCAGUAUUCCUUUUUUUUUUUUAAAGUAAGUUAAGGCAUUUUCACUUCAUUCCCUGCCACAAUGGCACUUUCAAUUUGAAUUUUGCUUGAGAAACAUUCAGAACUGAGAGAUGUAAUAUCACUGGUGAAUGAAAAGGGCUCUAUCCAUCAAGAAACCACCACAAGAAAAAUCCAAUAUGGUGGUCUCAUUCAAGAGACCCAAGGAUGGAUGGUUAAGCGUGUAGUUAUGAAUAGUGGCUGAUUUGAACAGAAUAGGUGAAAGACAUAGUGGUUAUUAUAUCAAACAAGAUUAUAGGUUGCACAGAAAAUCUAUUUUUUUAUACCUAGCACAACUUCCUAGAUUUUUCAUUUUUCUUUUCUUUCCCCCCUUUCCUCUUUUUUUUGGGGGGGUCUUUUUUGUUGUUGUUGUUGUUGUUUUUGGUUUUGUUCUGGGUUAAGAAGAAUUUGUUAAAACUUUAAAAAAUGUGAAUGGGUUUUGAGCUCUCCCUUUUUCUCUGGGUGAGGGUGAGUGUUUUGCACUAAUGUUUCCUGUGUGUAGGGGAUUAAUGAUAUGUUAGAAAAUGUAUAUGGGAUGUUGAUUGUAUCCUUUGAGGAAAACCAAUCCCUGAAGAUACUGAAUGUAACGUGAAACCGAAGCAGUCCUUGGCUUUCAUGGGGCUUUCCAGAGUGCCUUAGAAUUUUUUGGAUCAUUUUUUUCCCAAGGAAAACAUAUUUUCAAAAUCAGACCAUGUUUCCCUCUCCUUUGUUUACAACACUAUCAAUUCCAGAAUUGGGGGCUGCUUUGUCAUGUGAAUAUGAAACUGCAUUUCUCUAGAUCCACUAGAACAAAAGAGGAACAAAAAACCCCUCAGUAUUUAUGAUAUGUCUGCACCUUUAUUCUUACGCUUGACUAUUAGCAAUAUGCGUAUAAUAUAUCUAUAUUCUAUUAUAUAUCUAAAUUAUAUCAAGCACCUUUUUGAGGAAUAACAUUUUUUUUUAAAAAAAAAAAGACUGAACAGAGUUUUGAGCUAAAGAUAUGUGCAGUUGCCAUAGUGGGCCAGACAUCUGCUUUGUCCUAGUUGAUGUGACCAAGAACUCAAAGUCAGUCCCAAAGUCACUAGGGCAUUGAUACCAGGGCGUCAGAACAUUGCUCACUUGGGCCCACCAUGUGCUAGACCCCUGUGUAAUUCUUGGUUGAACACAAGGUUGUGAAAAAGCACAGAGGGAGCAGCUGGUCCAGUGGUGAGCAAACACUAAAUCACAAUUGUCCAUUAAAUAUAGCAGAUACUAGUGGCUUUGUGUUGAGGUCCUCUUGGAACUUGAAUUCUCUGUAUUGUUUUCUGCCCUGUCUCUGGUCUUGCCUGAGAGGUCUGUUUGUGUUUGUUCUUGGGUUGUUGGGUUGUGGUUUGUUUGUUUUUUUCCCCUAUAACUAUGGUGUAGGAUCUGUGAAGGGGGAUGGGGGUGGGGGGGAAAUGAAAGUGGAAACUCUUAAUUUUUUGAUCCCUAUUUAAUUGUGUGUGUGUG